AUGUUUAAUAUUCAGUUACUCAUGUUCUCUGUAAUAUUGCUUAUGGUCAGUUGUCUUUUAACUACAGCAGAAUCUACUAGUAACAGAACAUGCAACUACACAAACCAGAUCUUCCAAGAAUGUGAUGUUAUGUUCUACACCAACUGGACGAUCUGUGACGGAAAAGGAUGUCCCAUUGGACAACAAACACGCGGUAAAGGAAUAUGUUGUAUUCAAGACAACAUGGAAACAGGACAAGCAUUAAAAAAUAGAUGCAUGCAGAAUUGUAAUUUCACUGAUGAAGAUUUUCAGGAGACCGUCCCUACAAACGUCACACCAGAAAUUGAGAAUAAGCAGUCUGAAAUAACCUUAAAAGGUGUGUCUAUUGCUGGGGCUGUUAUAGGAGUGCUUGCUAUAUCCGGCCUUUUAGGAUUGCUCAUCUUUUUUCUCUGCCGGCGUUGGAAGAAAAAGAAGGAAAAUCCGAAAGUAGAACCCGAGGAAAGGGAUGAGAAGUAAAAGUCGGUUUGCGGAUGUCUUAUCUAGCGAUAUCUAUUCCUGUGGUUAAUCUCUAUUAUCUUUUUGAUUGUGAUUGUUAAUUUUUGUUCUGACUGUUACAGGUGCUUAAUUCUAAAUGUUAAAAUAGUACAUUGGUUUCAUAUUUAUUUCGAUAUUUAUGGUU